AUGCAAAACUCCGUCCGUUUGUCGGCCUCACUUCUCUGGCUCACGCUGUUCGGAAACCCGUGGCAGCUCCAUGUUGGGAAGGAGUACCGCGAACGCAUUCUAACGGAGUUCCCGCAGUUCUUGGCCAUCGACACGCACGUGAUCACGGAUGACGAGCGGAUUCCAGAGUGCUGCGCCCCGGUCGCAACGACCGGUCGGUACGAGGUAUUCGAGCACCGCUACCGGGCGCUCGGACAAACUACCGAGCUGCAGCUGUAUUCUUUUGCUUCGGCGAUGGAACGAAGAGGUAAAAAUGGGGUCUUUGGCACACUGGACUCUUCCUCAAAGAGUCGGUUUGGCGCUGCACUUUCAGGCAGCUUGUUGGGACAGAACAGCUUCGUGGAUAAGUCGCAACAAACUCUGUACCUGGAGAGCCUUUCGUCUUGCGUUUCUCACUUAGUACACUUCAGCAACUGGUGCUCUGCCAGUGUGCAGAUUCAGCGUCGCUGGCGCGGAUGGCGACUCGCAACAAGAUUUCGAAAAUUCGAGCAGCGCUUGGUGAAGGCGCAGGCGUCGGUGCGUCGGUUUUUGUGGCGUCGCAAGGUGGAGCGACACUUGCAGCAACUCUGCUCCGAGUUCAACCGCACGUGCUGGCGAUUAUCGCACCACGAGCGGAGCGCCAGGAAAAUCCAAAAAAUUGCCCGCCUUUGGGUCGCGCGAUUCUGCGAGAAGCGACUCCAGAACGAGGCUGCAACACACGUUCAGCGAUGCUGGCGCGGC